AGCUGCCUUGGCGUCCUUUGGCGACGAGAUGAUUAGCUCUUUUAAUCAACGCCCCGGCUGCUACGUACUUGGGCCCCCCUCCUCUCAUUGCAAAUGGCCGGUCAUGCCGUCGGCCGUCUCACCUUAAAACCACACCAACACCUGCCCGGUUCUUGCACACACUGCUCACUGGCUCACUGCACUGCAGACACAAAAACUGAAACUGCACCUUCGUUUACUGCAGUGCGAACACACUUAUCGUCGUCGUCGUCAUGGCCGGGCCGCAGCCGCAUGACAUGCACGGCGUCGACUUGUUCGCGCAGCUGCCGCCCAUCCGCGGAGCCGCGGCACCGACACCGGCGAGUGACGCCACCAUCCGCCUCUUCGGCCGCGACUUCUCCAACGGCCAGGCCCAGCUCCUGCGCAAGGAUGACGCUGCCGGGGACGGGGACGGCGCCACGGCAGAGGGGGGCGGCGAGGAGAGGAAGUUCGAGUGCCACUACUGCUUCCGCAACUUCCCGACGUCGCAGGCACUGGGCGGUCACCAGAACGCGCACAAGCGGGAGCGGCAGCACGCGCGCCGGGCGCACCUCGAGGCCUCCUUGGCCGCGCACUGCGGCGCCGCCUACCUGCCGGGGUCCCACGUCUACGGCCUCUUCGGCUACGGCGGCGGCCACUCUACGCUGCCGCCGACGCACUACCCGGUGUGGGCGGGCGCCGUGCCGGGCAUGUACGGAGGCGUGGGAUCCGUGCCACGGCCUUCUCCUGUGUACGGCGGCAUGGCCGUGCCGGGGAUGUGGAGGCAGUCGCCGGCGGGGAGUGGUGCUUUUGGCACGGCCGGCCGGCCAGAGGGGGCAGAGUCCGCGGGGUACGGACAGGUCGCUGGCAAGGAUGACAAGGUGGUGAUGAGCGUGGUGACCUCACUGCCCGCGUUGCCGUCGUCGUGUUUGUCCGGGCAGUCACCGGAGAUGCUAGGGAGACCUGAGUUGGGACAGAAGGAUGGAGCCAUAAGCUUGGACCUAUGUUUGUAAUCUUUCUUCAGAUUGUUUAAUUAGGUUAAUUCCCAUUCUCUUUUAUUUUAUUUUUUUGAGAGAGGGUUUUCGUAUGUUUCUUCAGCUAAAUUGCGAGAGACAUUUCUUUGGCACUGUGGAAUGAUAUGUACUUUUCUUUAUUUUUUAAUGUUAGCAUGUGUGAAGUUGUCUAGUCGUUGCCUGGUUUGAACUAUAUA